UGACGUCAUCACUCUGCUAUCCCCUCUCCCCGUUUUUCGUUCCUUCACAGGCUCUCUCUCCAUCAGCACCAUCGCUCAAAUCCACCUGCCUUCCUCUCCUUCCUCCUCCUCCCCGUUUACAACUCUUACAGAAAAUAAUUUCCAAAAAUGGCCAGCAGCUUCUCCAGGAUCCUGUCGUCCAAACGCAACAUCGGGAUCAUCUCGGUGGUCGGCGGCUCCCUGACGGCCGGAUUUCUGCUGCACCGGCAGCACGUCAGCGCCGGAGCCCCGGGGCGCAAGCUGUACCCCGCCAGUGCGGAGUACCCUGACCUGCGCAAACACAACAACUGCAUGGCCAGCCACCUGACGCCCGGCAUCUACGCCAAGCUGUGCGAUAAGGCCACGCCCAGCGGCUACACGCUGGACCAGGCCAUCCAGACAGGCGUGGACAACCCCGGGCACCCCUUCAUCAAGACGGUCGGCAUGGUGGCCGGAGACGAGGAGUCCUACGAGGUGUUUGCGGACCUGCUGGACCCCGUCAUAAAAGAGAGGCACAACGGCUACGAUCCCCAAACCAUGAAGCACCCCACCGAUCUGGACGCCAGCAAGCUCCAGUCGGGCCAUUUCGACGAGCGCUACGUGCUGUCGUCCCGGGUGAGGACGGGCCGCAGCAUCCGCGGGCUGAGCCUGCCCCCCGCCUGCACCCGGGCGGAGCGCAGGGAGGUGGAGCGCGUGGUGGUGGACGCCCUCGCCGGUCUCAAGGGCGAUCUGGCCGGGAGGUACUACAGCCUGACCCAGAUGACGGAUCAUGAGCAGCAGCAACUCAUCGACGACCACUUCCUGUUUGACAAGCCGGUGUCCCCCCUCCUGACGUGUGCGGGGAUGGCCCGCGACUGGCCCGACGCCCGCGGAAUUUGGCACAACAAUGACAAGACCUUCCUGAUUUGGGUCAAUGAGGAGGAUCACACCAGGGUCAUCUCCAUGGAGAAGGGAGGCAACAUGAAGCGAGUGUUUGAGAGGUUCUGCAGAGGCCUCAAGGAGGUGGAGCAUCUGAUCCAGGAGCGAGGCUGGGAGUUCAUGUGGAACGAGAGGCUGGGUUACAUCCUCACCUGCCCGUCCAACCUGGGCACUGGCCUGCGGGCGGGGGUCCACGUCAAACUGCCCCUGCUGAGCAAGGACCCUCGCUUCAGUAAGAUCCUGGACAAUCUGCGUCUGCAAAAGAGAGGGACGGGCGGCGUGGACACCGCUGCCGUGGGCGGAACCUUUGACAUCUCCAACCUGGACCGCCUGGGACAGUCCGAGGUCCAGCUGGUGCAGACGGUGGUGGACGGCGUCAACUACCUGGUGGAGUGCGAGAAGAGACUGGAGAAAGGCCAGGACAUCAAGGUGCCCGCGCCCAUCAAGCAGUCCAAGUAGACCACCUGACCCCCACCAAUCACACUUGCGCCCCUCUCCAUUCUCACCUCACCUCCUGGGCACACACAUGCACAAACACCCCAGCCAGUACCCAUAGAUAUAUCAGAAAUAUCUAUGUCAGUGUUGCAUUUAGUGCUCUUCAAUAGCUAAUAUACCACCCACCUCUCUUAUUAUAUAAGCAACAUAUUUAAUACUCCUGACAAGGGUUGCAAAGGGGUGGACAUUUUCUGGAAAGCGUCUGCAUAAUUUCCAUGGGAAGUUAAGAUGGGGAAUUUUGGGAAUAGUAAGCAGAAAUAUAAACAUUUGUUGUCAUAAGAAGACAUCCAUGAAAAAUAAUACAUUAAAAAAGUGUAAUACAAUAUACAACAAUAUACUUUAUUGACCAAUCAAUAAUUUCAUUGGAGAACAAAAAAACGAGUUAAGUAUAAAUUAUCCCCCUGAACCCAACCCAUUCAAAAAUGAUUAAAAAUACACCCCCAUAUCCAAAUACGCCAAAAAGUCCCAUUCAAAAUGCAAAUCAAGAAGCACCUUCCUUCAAGCCUCUUCAGCCUAGCCUCUGCGUUUUUGCGAAAUCUUUUCAGCAAAUGGGCCUCUUCAUAUUCAACUUGUUUUAGUCAGGAUUAUGCUAAAAUAUAUUUUCCUAUAUUUUAGUUCCCCAUUAGCUCAUUCACUGCCGGGCGUUUUCAAAGAAUAUUGUGACAAUAUAAGCACAGACCCUACCAAAAGAAAGAGUCGACUCUUCUUUCAAAAUGUUUGUUUCCACCUGUUUCUGUUCUUUCGUAACCAGCAGGAGAACAUUGAUUAGUUUCACCCAAAACACCAGUUUCUGACCAAACAAUGGAGAAAGCAAGUUUUUAGGGGGGAAAAACACGUCAAGUAGAACAGUAAUUUUGAUGCUGACUGACCGCAUGGCACAAGUUGACCAUCAGUAGCUUUUUUACAUGGCGUUCGUCAUUCACUCCAUGAAUCAUGAUCGCAACACACACGUUUUCCUACUUACCACGAGACAUACUCUGUUUGUAGCAAACAUAUACUUACACGAAUGUGACGUACCUAAACUUGUCCGACUUCCAACGUGGUGGCAUUUCUCUACCUCCUAAUCGACGUGAAACACUGAGAUUAAGCCCCUAUUCUUUGUGUUCUACUCAAAAGCUGUGCUGAUCUCAAAUCCAAAGCGAUGCCACGGCGCCAUCUACAGGAAUAUGUUAGUCAUUACAGUGGUUUACAAACUUGAAUUUCACAGACAAGCUGGCAAAGACGCUCUCCCACACCUGCCUAUUGAAAAACGUACUUGAAUAUAUACGUCGUCUGAUUCCAGUUAAUUAAUGUAAAUGUCCGCCGCAGUGAAUGUCUGAAGAGCCAACCUUCAAUUUUGUAAAUUUCUAUUUUAUUCCCGUUAAUUCCCAUGGAAAGUUUCCAACUUUGAAAGUUCCCGUCAUUUUGCAACCCUACUCCUGACACUCCAGAGCCACACAAAAUCUGUGGUGGGCUUCGGUGGGAUUCAUUGAAAUGUAAUGAUUGGAAACAAAAAGGUCCACAAGCUUCUCCCGCUGAAUCCAACCUGCUUUGCCUCUAAGCCCCCCCAAACCCGCAGCAUGCCACGUCCUCCCCCAUGUUAAUCAAAAGUCAUCACAUGGUGCUCAUGCUACUCAUCACUUGGAGUGGAUCUGAAUGUGACUCUUACAAAAUGUAAAGGCUGGUGUCUGUGCUGUAAGCCAUUGAAGCAAUAUCAUAGCAGCUCAUCUCUGAAUGUCACACUUGUGUCUUUUAUUAAACAAAUCAUCUAUUUAACAGAAA